ACCGUGCUUCCAGGUUGUUGGGGAACGUGCGAAAAAUUGUUGGAUAUUUUCACCGCAGCCCGAUUGCAUGUCACGCCCUACAGGAAAAACAAACUCUGAUGGAUUUACCAAAACAUAAACUGAUCCGAGACAUAAUCACCAGGUGGAACAGUUCAUUCGAAAUGCUUGAACGUUUUUUGGAACAACAGGCAGCUAUAAUGGCAACUUAAUACCACGGACCUACGAAAGGCGGUCACAGAUGUAGGCAGGCUGAGUGAGAGUGAUAUUGCCAACAUGGAUGACAUUGUUCAGUUGAUGGGUCCUGUCAAAAUGGCAACCACUGUGAUGUGUGAAGAAGACCAGCCAACUCUCUCUGUAAUUGCUCCUCUUCAAGCAAAACUGCUGAAACACCUGCAGCCAUGCGAAGACGACUCAACCCUGGUUGCAGAGAUGAAGAGGGUGAUGGCCGAUGACCUCUCCACACGCUACAGAGGCACCCAAGAUGCUCUCAACAUAGCAUCAGCGUUGGACCCUCGAUUUAAAGAACUGCCCUACCUGGAAAAAGAGGACAGAGAACAGGUUUACACAAAACUGGUUUUUGAGUUGCAGAAGUGUCCCACCAGAUGCAAGCAACGGGAAAUCAGGAGGAAGACGAGGGAAGCUCAAGCACAAAGCUGUCACGAUUCAAUGAAGAGACCACAGCUCCAAAUGAGUCACCUCCUUGUAAGAAGAAAGCCUUAGAUGCACUGUUUGGCGAUUCCUUCACCCAAAGAGAAAGAAAAUCCACAAGCGAGACAGCCAGAGCAGAGGUGUUAAGGUACCGAGCAAAAGAUGCGUUGCCUUUGACUGAAAACACCAUGAAGUGGUGGAGAUCUCAGGAGAAAGAGCUACCUGUACUUUCAACCCUUGCUGAACGGUACCUGUGCAUUCCAGGCACCAGUGUGCCAGCAGAGCGAGUUUUUAGUACUGCUGGUGACAUAGUGAACGCACAGAGAAGUGUUCUGCGGCCAGAUCAUGUUGAUCAGUUGAUAUUUUUGAAAAAAAAUCUGUAGAGUCAUUGAAGAGUAGUUGGUUACACUUGAUCUUUUGUUGAAUAUUGUUUGUUUAUUAAAAUGAGUAGUAGCAGGUUCAGCCACGGCUCAUUCAACCUGAAGAAAUGUUGGUUGCACUUUAUUUUUGAUAUUAAUACUGUAUUUGUAUUAUUUUUAUGUUGAAAAACAACAGCAGAAGUAGCAGGUAAACCUACUGUUGAAAUGUUGGUUGCACUUACUGUACUUUUAUUGAAAAUGUAUUGAAUAUUGAAAAUGAGAGCAGAACAUUUUAACUUCCUGUUAAUUCAACCUAAAGUGUUGGUUGCACUUUAUUCAAAUAAAAUGUGAAUGCAUUUGCCAUUAAUUGUUGUUUACUUGUUUGUUUAUAUCCAUAAUUAAUUGAUACCUGAUUCCCUUACAAGAAACAACAGGAAUCUAGGAAACUUCACCUGCACUGUCCAGUAUCCAGGUAUUUAUUUCAGUCACACUGGUUGAAUUUUUGGCUAAAAAGUUACUGAAUCGAUUUCAAG